AUAAAAAGUACAUUGUUAUCAGUUCUUUCUAUAAACCAGAUAAUUUAUGUUAGCUUAUUACGCAACACGGUAAAUUAUGGCUAGUAGAGAUUUUGCAAAUGAUGUGGAAGCAAAGGAAAAAAGUGAAUAUGUGGUAAUGGAACCCAACAAAAUGGGACAACAUACGUACGCGGAAGUAAGUGGAGGUAGGAUGCCAACUGCAAGUAACGACGGGUUCUAUCUAGAUUUUGCUCAGACAAGCGCAGGUGAUGCAGCUGCUAAAAGUCACGGACGAGAACUUAAUGCAACCAAGAACGCUGUGACAAAUUUGAAGAAUCAAACCUCCAAGCUAUCUAGAAAUGUGGUUCGUCAGAAGAAAUGCCUCAUCUUGAUCACAAUAACGUUUGUAGUUCUACUAACAAUGGGAUUAGCUACAGUAUACAUGCUCACCCAAAAUAAAAAAACGCAACCGUUCGGAAAUGUCGAGAACAAAACUCUAGCGAACCUUGCUCAAUAUAUUGACAAGCAGAGAAAAGAAAUCAAUCUGUUGGAAUUACGUUUCCGUGAAGUACAAGCGAAUUUAUCUAGCAAAAUAUUCAAAAAACACGAGAUAUCCGAAGGUGAUUUGAAGCAAGUCAACAAAAUAGCUCAACCUCAAACAGCAACAAACAAGUUGAAAUCUGCACAAGAGUGUUUGAUAAAAAAUGCCGUGAUGGAGGCAGCAGAGAAUUAUACCACCGUCGAUGGCAAGUUAUUGUGGACCGUUACUGCACCUGAAUUAAAUUAUACCAUGGCCUACAAUGUGUGUGCGAGUUACUGGUCAACAAUGGCACAAAUAAAAAGUCAACGAGAAUAUGAUUCUGUGAUGUCGAUGUUGCGCCCUGAAAGUAAAUACAUUACUGUAUGGACUGGCUUGGAAAUUAAUCCGAUGACAGGACAAAUCUCUCCAACAGACGGAUUCACGCAAUGGUUUGGCGUAGAACCAGGAAUCGGCAGUAGCUACAAAACUUAUACAAAAGUCUCACUUGUCGUUCAUUCAGAUCCAAAGUAUGGCGGCCAAGGAAUGAUGAACGCUGAAACAAAUUGGACGAGAGAUAAAGUAUUAUGUCAACUGUGAGACGAAGGGCAACGCCAGUGUCCGUUUUAUUAAUUUCAAAGGCAAUUUUCCAUAUUCCAUUUGAUGCUGGUUUUAUGCUGGGAAGUCAAAUUUUAUUAUUUUAUUCACAUUAGAUAACAUUUAAACAACAAUUGGUUGCUAGCCUAAUAAAUGAGAUGUAGGCUACCAGCGAGAAGAUGGCAGAAUUGAAAUAAUUUUUUUUGUGUCAGUACUAAGUAACGGCCAAGAGGGGAGUAUUUUAUAACUCAAUUUUAUCGACAAAACGCUUGGUAGUCGAACUAAAUGUCGCGCUGCAUAAAAAAGACUUUAACGUGUAUAGGAUGGCACCCUAAAGUUGUUGUUCACUGUUUCGAAAUAUUUCAUAUCGAUAUAUUUUCGUUGCAAAGCUUCCUUCUCAAAUCAAAUUUCUCACUACAUACGAGGAUUCAAUUAGUAAUUAGCCUACCUGCCAAUAGUUCUAAACACUUAUCGACUAUACAGAUGUAGUAUCAGUUCGUUUUGAAUUAUGCACUUGAUCGUUUGCAAAAACCUCUGAUUUGGCAUAAAAAGUAUCUCGAAUUUCAGUAAACUGCAUUUUCGAUUUUUUGCAAGAAAGUUGAUGCUCACGCUGAAUGUUUAUAAGUAGUCCGGCAGAAUCGGGCCUUAGCAUUGUUUUGGGACAUAAAGCUUUUUUAUUGUUUAGAUAUAAUGUAGAUCAGGGCUACUCAA